AUCCGUCAUCUUUUUGGGGAAGGUACUGUUGUAGAGAAUAGCUCUAGCACGCCUUGAGACACGUUUGGCGCACUCCUGCAGCUUGAAAGCAAGGCCCCAGAAAAAAUCAGACAGGAGAGGAAGAAAGGAAGGGAAAAAAGUCGCAAGCCUCACUACCCUGCAACGUGUCCAGGGUAUCAGGAACACAUCAUCUUCGCCCCGGCAUCUUGUACGAGGGCACCCAGACCAAGGAAUUUCCAAGAAGUCCGCACCCGCUGCAGGUAGCCAAAUAUGUCGGAUUCCCCCCAAUCCCCUCCCAAGGAGGUUGAACAAGGUGUACAGUCACCAGACGACGAAGCACAAAUGAACGACCCUCAAGACCCACAGGCCGCCGGCCUCGCCUAUGAGUUUGAAGUCAAGGAGCAGGAUCGGUGGCUGCCGAUAGCAAAUGUCGCCCGCAUCAUGAAGAAUGCUCUGCCGGAGAACGCAAAGAUCGCCAAAGAGGCCAAGGAGUGUAUGCAGGAGUGCGUUAGCGAGUUCAUCUCUUUCAUAACCAGCGAGGCCUCUGAGAAGUGCCACCAGGAGAAGAGGAAGACGGUCAACGGCGAGGACAUCCUGUUUGCGAUGACCUCUCUGGGGUUCGAGAACUACUCCGAGGCCUUGAAGAUCUAUCUGUCCAAAUACCGCGAACAGCAAUCGAAUUCCAACAGGAACGACAACCAGCAGAAUCGUCCCGGUAGUCAGGGAGGCUACAGUGGUCAAGGAGGCGCAGGUGGACCUUCGAACUCUGGCUCCUCGGGUUUCCCAGCCGGCGAGCUGACCAGCCAGGGCGCUGAGGCCUCAGAAAGCAACUACAUGUAUGGACAGCCAGGGAACGGCGCUGCUGCCGGAGAUGGCUAUUAGGGGGGAUGCCCCAAUGCUCGCUCAUCGUCUCCUGUUUUCGGUCCUGCCCGAGACAACGGGCCGGAUAUGGACAACCUUCUGGAUCUUCCAGAGGGGAAGGAUAAAAACCUGAGACCAAUCAUGGAUGGACCUUUACCCGACAAAAGGCACCCAUAUCUAUCUGAAACCUAGGUAUCGGACUACAGCAUGAGGUGGCUGCCAUUGCUCCCGAAGGCUGGCAACUUGGACUACGGGGGUGAGCUAUAAACAUGUAUAGGGCGGUCAAAAGGAGCCACGGCUGAGGGUGGGCAGGAGAAAAACUGGACUGCGUGUUGUUUUUUUUAUUUAGAAAUGAGGUGUCGUACUCUCUGAUAGUGCGUGUGUUUUUUUAUAGAUUCCCCGAAAGCACUCGUCUUUUUCUCGGCAGCGUCAGCCCAGGAGCCAUCCUGCGAUGGUGCUGGUCUCUAUCCAACUGGAGUCAAGGACGAGUUGAUAACCUUAAAACUCUGAUGCUUUUUUCUUCUUUUUCUUUUCUC